CUAAAUUGUACACAAAUCAACAAAAAACGUCCCCAGUAACUGAAGUUUUUUCAGUCUGGCGACUAGGCUACCACUAUUGAAUAUCCCAAGAUUCCCGAAACAAUAAGAAGAGAGCACAAAUAACUCAACUAAUUAACACAAGUUCUUGAGUAAGACAUUUGGAAUUGAUGUUUGGAGCGCUAAUUCCAAUAUGUGUGCUACACGGUCUGCUGCUCGUGAAUCUGACUCAGAUUCUAGGGAUUUUAGAAUUUUCAGUGUCAAGAGACUUUCAUACUUUAAGAUACCGUCCGAGUUUAGAGAGGGCAGAUGUCGUAGUGUUGCUGAAUUUGAAAAGCUAAACCGCAUCGGUGAAGGGACAUAUGGAAUUGUCUACCGUGCUCGUGAUACGGUAUCAAAAGAGGUGGUGGCCCUGAAGAAAGUCCGAAUGGAAAAUGUUCGAGAUGGUAUCCCUAUUAGCAGUUUACGCGAAAUCACUUUGUUGCUAAGUAUAAAGCACCCGAAUGUUGUUCAUUUGAGAGAAGUCGUUGUUGGCCGAAGCUUAGAUAGCAUCUUCCUUGUUAUGGAAUAUUGUGAACAGGAUAUGGCAAGUUUACUUGAUAACAUGCCUAAUCCUUUCACCGAGUCCCAGGUUAAAUGCAUCAUGCUUCAGAUUUUCAAAGGUCUGAGAUACCUUCAUGAAAACUUUAUAAUCCACAGGGAUUUAAAAGUCUCCAAUCUGUUGAUGAAUGACAAAGGUCUUGUCAAAGUAGCGGACUUUGGACUGUCACGCCCUACCCAUUCCCAUAAUCCUAUGACUCCUUGCGUUGUUACAUUAUGGUACCGAGCACCGGAAAUUUUACUUGGCGAUAAAAACCAAACUAAAGCUGUUGAUAUAUGGUCAGCCGGCUGUAUUAUGGGUGAACUUUUAUUACACAAACCGCUUCUUCCCGGGAAGACAGAGGUUCACCAACUGGAGUUAAUUAUUGAUCUAUUGGGCACUCCGAAUGAUCAAAUUUGGCCGAAUCUUUCAAAAUUACCAGCUUUAGAAAAAAUAAAUUUGAAAAAGCAACCGUACAAUAAUUUGCGCCAUACUUUCCCAUGGUUGUCAGAUGCUGGUUUGCGUUUAUUAAAUUUUUUGUUCAUGUAUGAUCCGUCUAAACGGGCUCGGGCUCGUGAAUGCUGUCAGAGUUCUUAUUUCCGUGAACAUCCUUUACCGUGCGAACCUGAUAUGAUGCCAUCUUUUCCGCAACAUCGAUUAAAGCGUAAGAAUUCUCCUGGUGAAUAUGAUAACAAAGGUGCUAAUCCAGCUCAAGAUCAAACUGCUGGAUUAUUUGAUGCUGCCUUCGAUAGAAUUGUAAGUCUUUUUCUAAAGAAUUUUCAUUAUGAAUCACCUACUUGUCUUUUAUUGGUCAAUUUGCAGAAAAUUUCGAAUUCCUUUACUAAUUAUUUACUAAUUUUUUGAAUAGUUGUUAAUAAAUUGUAGGCGUCAUAAUUUUUAGCCGCUAAUAUCAUGUUUUGUAGAAUUGUUUAGAUGAAGAAUUAUCGACUUUCAAUCUCACGUUAAUCUGCUUAUUAAAUAGAUUCGGUCGACGUUUAAACAAUAAAAUCCAAAUAAUUGUUGUUACUUUAGUUUUUGUAAAUGAAUUUGUAGCAUUGAUUGGACUAAAUGUAUAAGUGGUAAAUAGUUUCAUUAAACAAUCGUGUUUCUGUACUCCUAAAACCAAAAAAUGUUCUAUUCCCGUCAUUUUACAGAAGUUGCUGAAGUCCGUAUAUCUGUCAUUCGUUUUCUCAUUCAAUGAAUAAUAUUCAACCUAACCAUAAAUAGUGAUAUACUUGAUGCUAUUACGAGUUCACCUUACUCGGUAAACGGAACAAAGGUCAAUGACACAGUGACAGGAAAGGCUAUUCUAAUUCUUUGUCGCCGGCCCUGCUAACUAGAUCAAGAAGGCUUAAUGAGGCGUAGAGAAUGUAUUCUACAGGCACUCAGAAAAGACGAGAUCACUAAGCACACAAAUCAAGCUUAUCUAUAUAAUGAUAGAAACGCCCUAGGGAGAGCCACAAAAUAGCUUACUAAAAAAAUCCGUCAACCAAUUACAGUCAAGGAUUUCCGAGUGGGAAAUAUAAAGUGCAGGUCAACUAAGCGUUUCUUGGCGCGAAAACAGAAUAAAAUUACAUAAUUAGGACAUUUUCCAAGUGAAGAAACGUCGAGCUUAAGCAGAACCAACACUAUAAAUUUUAAGACAUUUAUAUAAUACAUUUGUGCAUUUCUAAUUUCUUGGUGUUUUUAAUUUAUUCUCCGUAGUCAUUCAUAACCGUCAAUUUUUCACGUCCAUUAAAAUCAUAAUUAACUUCUUACCGAAGUAAUAUUAACCAUCUCAACUGUAAUAAUGUGUUUAGACAAAUUUUCAAAUCUUUACUUCUCUAGUUUAUAUUGACGACCUGUUUGUUUAAAAUAAAGGUUUUUUUUUCUCAGAGUUGUCUGAACCCAAAGAUCAAUUUAAAAGCGAAAAACACAUCAUCAGCGCAAGCAUCACACUAGAGUAAACUUAUUAGGUUCACAAUCAGUAACCUGCUUCCAGGUAAUAAUAAAUUUCAACAAUCAGAUCCGGCUUUUUCCAGUGGUUCUCUUCUAAUGAGGGUCUCGACGUUUUUAAAAAGGAUUUGUUUAUCUGCUGUGGAUAUUUUUGUAUGAUUGAUACAUAGACUACCGUUUCUGUUAAUUUCAAUAUUGCUUUUUAGAAAUUCCCUAUGUAAUUCUCUUCGCUCAAAACCACUGUAGUUUUCUAGUAGAAAUCAUAUCCAUAAUUAUCCAUGAAUAUUUAUCUUAAUAGUUAAGUAUCAUAACAUAUCCAGUAUUAUGUUGUUCUCGGUUUAUAUAGUUGCUCUUUUAGCUUAAGAUUUGUUUUAUUCACAUCCUAUACGAGGUUUAUUCAGUAUUGUUGAUUGCUUAGCUGUUAACAUUCAUUCCAUGUUGUUUUAAAGGUCAAAUGGAUAUUUCUUAGACGUUUUAUAUAUUUGAUAGAACUAUUCAUUUAUGUGUCUGCAGUAAAACCUGCGUUUCUAUUAAACUUAUUAAACGCAUAAUGAAAUCGCAUGAUAACUCAAUAUUUUGAAAAAUGUCAUCAGUAUGGGUUUGUUGUAUUCUCGAUACU